AUGAAUGGGAAAGACUUCGACGACAUCGACCACAUUGAUGCUUUCUUCAAAGAAAACAGCAUACCGGUUGACUGCAACUUACUUGCGAAAGACGUCUUCAACAUCUUUCUGAAGGUCAAGUCCAGAAAGAGGCAGCCCCUGACCCCGGCGGAUGAAUCACGUUCCAGUGUCGCCGGUAGCAGUUUCGGCGCGAACGAUGACCAAGAACAAGACGCAAGCCUAGACGUUCCAGCGCCCGAGUUUACUAGCGAGGACCCCUUCUGCAUAAGUCUCUACCUCUCCCACGCCGACAUACUUAAAGUCACGAGCGCCCGACGGUGCGUCGGGAAACACUGUUUUAUAUCCAGAAAUACGGUCAAUCUCCACAGACUCGUGGUACGAAACCAAAAGACGCUGAUACGAUGGCGCAAAACGGGAAAGAAGGACGAGCCUUUCUCGCAGACUUGGUAUUGGAUCGUGGACCCCGACACUGUCCCCAAUUGCGAAGUCGCUAUCGGCGAAGACUGCGAGACUCAAGACCGCGACACGGUGGAUGACGCCGAGGACGACGAUGAUGACGAGAAUGAUGCCGUAGUCAGUGAGCUCGUCCAUUCGCGAUCUCCGACACAACUAGCCCACGGAUUUAGUCAGAGUCAUAAUCUCCCCGUGGCAGAGCAGGCCGACAUCGAGGAAACGCUCGCGCGUCUCAACGUGUAUUCAGCCAUCAGCUUAGCGAGCGCGAAGAGGAAGGCCGCCCUGCCGGGGUUCGCGCAAACGCCCUCCCCAGCCUCCAAGCGCGCCAGAACGAGCUCGGACGGGUUGAGAGCGCCGAGUAUGCAGAGCGAUAGUCACCGCUCGAUGUGA